CACUUAUUCGCAGAUCUGUUGCUACAGCUGUGAUCACAGACGUACAACACGCUCGUCAUGUACUGGCAGGUUUUUCUGUUUCUGCCAAUGUGCUACAUCUGCGUCCAGACGAGCUAUCAUCAGCGUGACCGAAGAAUUAUCAAUGGAUACCCAAUACCCACAGGUAUGCGGCAUCCAGCGAGCGUGUCCUUCAAGAGAUGGGACAGAGAACGUCGGCAGUUUCGACAUUUCUGCGGCGGCAUUAUCGUUCACGUGACCUGGGUACUUACUGCAGCUCACUGUUUCCCCAGAGGGAGACUUCCGGUUCCGCUCAAGCUUCAAAUAGAGGCAGGAGACUGGUACCACGUGGAGGAACUGAUCCGAUAUCCACAGCAGGAAAGAAAAAUGGCUACUGUUGACUUGACACUCCUAAGGACAUCAGAGAUGAUAGAGGGGACCAUUGCUACUCUACCACCGCCGGGGUUUAAACCGAGAGGUGAAUGUCAGGUGUGUGGACUGGGCACAUUAAAUCCGAAAAGUCACGUGUUUCCGGACACUCUUCACUGCGCAACGGUGCCUGUUGUGCGCAGGAAGGCCUGUGAACAGAGCCUGAAGCCCUACAUCACGCUAGAACCAGGCACUCUGUGUGCCGGAGGGGGAAACUCUGACGCAUGCGUGGGUGACUCAGGAUCGUCGCUGCUUUGUCGGAAUGAAGACAACGGCAGGCAAGUGUUGGCAGGUGUGGUGAGCUGGGGUAGAGGCUGCGCAGUGCCUGGAGAGCCUGGCAUCUAUAUAGAUGUCGCAAUGCACAGGAAAUGGUUGCUUGAAACCAUCUCGGGACCUCUAAACGGCAGCGCAUCUCAGAGAGAAGACACUGAAGAAGGAACAUUCGCAACGAAAAUUCAUGUUCUGGGUAGCAGGAAAUGAAAAAAAAAGAAAAACAGAUGCGGUGUUGGAAAAUUACUUGAAGGACAGGUCGAAAUGGGAUGAACGUGUUACAGAUUUCUACUUAUUAAAGUGAUGAAACAGAAACCAGUCUAUG